GAUUUGGGUUGUGAUGAGAUCAUCCGUGGUGGGUGCCAAACGGGGAUGACGCAUGGAAGCUUGGUUGCCGCCACAGGGCUGACUGGCGGCAGCCACCUCUCACCCAGCCAGCAUGGAGCAGGAGCCCGGGGACGACUACAUACGGCGCACGGCCGCCUUCAUACGCACACACGAGCGCCGCCUCGCAGAGUCGCCCUUCUUCCGCCGCCCCCGCCGCCGCACCGUCGACGCCCCGCCCUCGUCCUCCCUCAUCAACCCCCUCACAUGGUUUGCCGCCGCCCCAGACCCCGCCGCCCCGGCCCCGCUCGUGCUUGCGAUCGACAUCCACCACCUCUUCUACGUCCUCAUGCGCAUCGAGGGGAUUGGUAUCGACGUCGGGAACCUCGACGUCGCGGUCGAUAACCCCUCCCGGCCGAUGAACUACAUCAACCUCUUCCCCGACGCCGACAAGUCGGACACGCUGUCCCUUGCCUCCUUCCGCUCGUCCCUAUCCGCCAUGUCCGGUCUGUCUCUCGGCCCGGGGUGGUGGGGGCGCGCAGAGCCGCCGAGCAUCGACGCGGAGCUCAAGUACCUCUACAGCUGCUUCACCAAGCUCCCCGCGCUCUCCAUCACCCCACCCAGCCGCAAGGUCAUCGCGGAGCUGGCGAAUGAACCACCGAAUACGAAUGCCAUACCCCUCGACGCAUUCAAGAAUUUGUAUUCCCUCGAAUGCACGGAUGUCGAUCCGCGCUCGCUGCUGGGGUGGGACAGAUUGGCGGAGAGCCUGCGCAGUCUGAAAAUCAGGAAGAGUGGGUUGGAGGAUGCGUCUGACGUCUUCAUCGGCGCGGUCAUCGACGACCAGGCGCGGCGCGAGGGGAGUACCAGCCGCAAGCGACACCGGCGCAUACCCCGCGGCCCGUCGCGGCAGCCGUCGUUUGCGACGAAGCUGCCGGAGUCCGUCCCGGAGGCGGCGGAAGAGGAGGAAGGGGAUGUGCCACACUCUUCGUCGCCGGAGCCGCAGCUGUCAUCGCUCAAGUGGGCGUUCUUGAAGCACCUCUGCCUGGCGGAGAACAACCUCACUUUCUUCCCUGCCGAUUCACUUCCGCAUUUAACAUCCCUCACACACCUCGACCUCUCGUCCAAUCUGCUAGUACAGAUACCCACUGGCCUUGGCGCGCUCUACAACCUGGUCUCACUCAAUCUGGCGGAUAACAUGAUUGACUCGGUCCUGCAUAUCUACCAGAAUCUGGGCCAGGUCCUCUACCUUAAUCUCUCCCGGAAUAGGCUAGAGUCGCUAUGCGGACUCGAGCGUCUGCCCGCGCUGGAACGCGUCGACCUGCGGGAGAACCUGCUCGAGGAAAGCGCAGAGGUCGGUCGACUGGUGCCGCUGCCCCACAUCAAGGACAUCGCCAUCGAGGGCAACCCGUUUACGGAGUACGAGGAGAACUACCGGACGGCGUGCUUCGACCUUUUCUGGAAGGAGGGGAAGACGAUAACGCUGGAUGGGACUCCUCCCUCUUUCGUCGAGCGGCGAAACCUGACGACCUCGCCGGCGAAGCAGAUGACCUCGUCGAGGUCAGCGCCAGUGGCUUCCUCGCCGCCUGUGGUGACAGUCGCUUCACCCGUACUGAAUGGCGUAUCAUCGCCGUCGGGGUCAAGCCAGCAGUCGCCGCAGUUGCAAGCCGUGGCGGGUCGCGCGCGGAAGAAGAGGCCGAAGCGGAUCGUGGAUCUGGAAGGGGAGAGGAGCAGCGAUGCGGAGAGCGCGCGGGGUCAGUCGCACUCGCGGACAAAGUCGGAGGUGGCAGAUACGCAAAGCGACGUGGAGCCCCGCGGCAAGGCACCUUCGCCGGUACGACCCCAGCCGCGCACUCGACAUUCGAGACACCAGACGGAGGUGGUGGGAGUGUGGGACGAGGAGAGGGCGGCGGAGCCUAGGGUGGUGGAGUCGAAGUCGAGGAAGCGCGGGACGCAGACGUUGACGGGGCGGUCAGCAGCUCGGCGGGCGCGGGCGAGUGCGUCCGUCUUUGAGCCGCCGACGCAGGACGGGGGCGAGGAUGCGGCGGCGGAAGGGGAGGAUCUGAAUGGGGAAGCGUACCGGCGGAAGAUAGAGGCGCUGAAGCAGGAUAUGGGCGAUGGAUGGCUGAAGGCGUUCAGCCAGAGCCAGGCAGUGUCUUGAGGGAUCAGUAACUUAGGAUACCCCCACUAGUCUACCACGAUAUGCGACUUGCUGGAUUUUGGAUCCGGG